CAUAUUCUUUCUAUCCCCACCAGAAUGAACGCAAGGUGCUCCAGAACCAGCGGCCCAAGAUGCUGACCAUGAAUGCCGCCGUGCACAACUGGGUCUCGGCCCAGGAACAGCAGCGCAAGGAACUGCUGGACGAUUCGAGCAUCGACGCCCAGAUGGAACAGCUCGACCGGGACAAAAACUUCACCAAAUGCACCAACCAGAAGUGCGGCGCCUGUUACGAUUGCCUCAAUGAACUGCGCGAGGAUUGCUCAAUCAAUCGGGACCUGAAGGACGGAAUAAGCAUGCUGUACGCCACCUGGGAUGAGGCGGAAGUGAGGAUAAGGAACCGAAUCGAGAACCUGUCCAGUUCGAUGAUGACGUGGAAGCAACUGGAGGACGGUCUGAGCGAUUUCAAAGACAUCCUCGAUCGGGACCGUGGCAAACUUCAGGGGAUCGAAGGGGCCCUGCAAAGCGGGGCCGGGAGGACUGACGAAAUGGUCAAUAGUGUCAAGGAAGUUGUCAAAGCUCUGUCCGAGAAGGCUGAGCCGCUUUUUCAGGAGCAUGAUAUCGCCGUUCCGGUCAAUCUUAAAGCUCUCGUCGAGUGGGUCUCUUUCUGAUAGUGGCAUUUCCGAUGGUGGUGGCAUGUCUGAUGGCAGUCUUUCUGAGCGAGAGAAACGAUUGAGCGCACUGAAGAGGCUGGUCAAGCAGUUGGAAGUGGCCCUCGCUCCGGGAAGCGAAGCCAUGCAGACGAUCACCAAGCGGCUGGAAAUGGCCGAGCACGAUCUGCGCUCGCUGCAGAACACCUGCCGGAAGAUCAUCAUGAACGAGAAAGGCGGUGACGAGGGCGGAAGCAGAAACGGUGGGGAGAGCGAUCGGGGCGAAAGUAGUAACAAUAAUGAUGCCAGUGUGAAGAACAAGAACAAAACCAAGGGAAG